GCGCGGGCCUUAGUUGUUAAUCAAGUCUUGUUGUGAUCGCGUUCGGCGAGCGCGCUUCGUUGUCUAGCGCAUGCUAUUUGUUACAGUUUCAACAGAUAUUGACUGAUCGCCGUGGUUAGUCUAUUAUUUUGUCGAUUGCGAAAUUUCGGCAAUCGAACUCGGCAUACAAAAUAUAUACUUAAUACAUAUUUGACCAGCGAUUUCUGGCUUAUAUGGGCUUCUAACAAGUAUUGAGCGGUGUUUGUAAGAUUUUUAAACAGAAAUUCGCUCGUGUGGAAUACAAAAUAUAAGUGAACUGUAUAUUCGAUGAAUUUUGCGAAUAUGUAAUGAUGAAGUGCAUUCCCAAUACAACCAAAUGAAAUAAGAAAAGUAUAGAUUUUAAACGUUAAAUAGUUAUGGUUAAUAUGCGGUCUUUUGUGGAAAUGUUACCGAGAAGUUGAAGUAUAUUUACGAAAUCUCAAAGUACAAUCGAACGCCAAAGUAUAUUUGUAGUGGGCAGUGACUGUGUGCUCCCUAUAACCAUGAAAAAGCUUUACGCCAAAGCAUCUUUUAAAAGUAAAAAACCCAGCAACAAAAAUGUUAACGAGGACUGCGUCGAUGGUGAUAUAUACAUCAAUAAGUCGCAGCAUGGCCCAAUAAUACUCGCGUAUCAAAGUGGUCCCGCACAACAACAGGACCAACAAAAUCCAGCUGAUAUUGAUGUGAACACAGCAACAAUGCGCAGAAAACACAGAAAGUCUACUUCCGAAGUAGCUCAGUCAGCAGCCAAUGCCACAGCGGCCAGUAAUGCAGAUGAAUCAUUUUUCCCGCCACCACCCUCACGCACGCCCUCCUCAGCAUCGUCACUGUCCGCGAGCAAUCCCGCCAUCGCGCGUCUUUAUCAGCCAGACGAUUCCCAUUACUACUACUCGAUACAGGAGCUGCAACAGCUUAAUAUGCUCGAUCAUCGACACCCGCACUUCCACCGCCAUCAGCAGCACCAAUUGCUACACCAAUCCAAUUCAGCGUCGGCCUCUGCAACUGCCGCGGCCGCAGCAACAACCACAUUCUAUGAGCAUCAUAAACUAGUAUUGCACUUGCCUAUGGCUGCAACAACAGCAACAGCAGCAUCGCCCAUUUAUGAGGCACCGCAAAUUGUCAACAAUGCAAAUGAGGGCGGUGGCGGUGCGCGUUCGCUAGACUACAACUACAAUGCCCAUCAUCCGGCACCGCGUUCAUACUUAGCAGCUGGUGGCAUUGAUGGACACGAUUUGGAUAAAGAUAACGAUUUUAUGAUGGACAGCGACGGCAGAAUUGCUGGCUUUGGUUCAUUGCCCAUUGUGGAAGCUGCGAUCAAUGCUAGACGGUUGGGUUCGUCACCGCCCUCGUCCACGUCGCAUCGCUCUUCCACGCUGUCGUUCAACAAUGCACGCAAGUUGCAACACACGCACUCGAUGCCGUCCAUUUGUGUGAGGAGCGACAGGUCAGCGGGGGUUGAGGACAACGCCGAUGAUGAUUAUGACGGCUAUGAGAUCGGCGCACUGCAACAAUUGCAUGAAUAUAGACAACAACAACAACAGCAAAUGCAGCAACAACAAGCUCAACAUAAUCAGCAUUUUCAUCCGCAGCCGUCGCGUCAUAAUUCGGUCAAAGCGAAUUUAAUUAGUAAUUGGCCAACAACAGCCAACGCUGGAUAUAUCAGUGAGCAAAGUAUUAUUGGCGCCCGCGCCUCCGUCAUGGUUUACGAUGACAACCUGAAGCGCUGGUUGCCGUCGGGCACCUCGGCCGGCCUCAGCAAAGUGCAGAUCUACCAUCAUCAACAGAAUAACACAUUCCGGAUUGUUGGACGCAAACUGCAGGAUCACGAGGUCGUUAUCAAUUGUUCCAUACUGAAGGGUCUCAAAUAUAAUCAAGCCACACCAACAUUUCAUCAAUGGCGCGAUUCCAAGUUCGUUUACGGCUUGAACUUUUCCUCUCAACAUGAUGCGGAGGCCUUUGCUCGGGCUAUGGUUCAUGCGUUGGAUGUGCUCAGUGGUCGGUUGGCCAACAACCCGGUUAUGGGCGGUGCAAUGGGUAUGGGCGGUUUACCCACAAAUGGGAAUGGUUUUGAGGAGGAUAUGGGCUAUCGUACGAUGACAAGUGAAGAUGCGGCGAUUUUGCGGCAGCAACAACAAAUUACUGGACAAAUCACACCUUCCGCUCAAACUCCAACUUCACAGGCCAAUCAAAACAAUAUACCACAAAGCCCACCGACUCCGCAGGGACAUCAUCGCACCAGCAGAAAUUCCCUUAGCGCUCCAGCGGCUCCGCAACCACAGCAGAUGACAAUACCGCAGCAGCAGCCUCAGCCGCCAUAUGGUCAGGCGGGCCAGCCCAACGGUUUACAGCAACAGACGCAUAUUCCACCUGUUCCGGGUCAGCCGCAGUACCACGCACCUCAGCAGAUGCAACAGGCUCCACAGGCCUCGCACGUUUAUUCCGCACAACAGCUGGUUAACGCCGGCUAUCCGCCACAAUCACAGUACCAGCCCAGCCACUUUAUGUUAUCUAAUUCUAAUCCGAAUCUUAAUCUGCAUCAAUAUUCACAACAGCAACAGCCGCCGCCACAAUGCAUACCAGGGGCGCCUCAGCCACCAAUGCCGCCACCACAUCAGAACGGUAUCGGUGGUGGCGGCGGUGGCAGCGGUCCAAUUUACGUUUCUUCUUCGCAAUCGCAGCCAGCGCUGCCCACAUCCGUUAGCUCGAGUAGUGGUGUAUAUGGUGGACAACCAAUGCAGAUGCAGCAGCCACCACAACAAGCUCCAAGUGGUGUAAUGCAGAAUGGUGGUGGCAGUGGUGGCGUAGGUGUUGCUGCUGCUGCUGGUGCUGCUGCAGCACCGCCACCGCCACCACCACCUCCAUUCGGAGGCAUAGGUGCUCCAGCUCCGCCUAUGAUGGGUGGUAGUAGUGUACCUCCAGCACCGAUGCCGCCACCGGCAAACGUUAAUCGUAGCGCACCACAAGCACCAGCCGCACCGCCACCACCGCCGGCAGCAGCUGCGGCGCCACCACCACCACCUCCGCCUCCCGCGGGAGGCGCUCCAUCAUCGAAAAAGGACGAUCCUCAAGCCGAUCUUAUGGGAUCAUUGGCGGCUCAGUUGCAACAAGCCAAGCUGAAGAAGAAUAAGCCAUCGGCGGCACCUACAGAAAAUAGCGGUAGCAGCACCUCAAGCGGCGGCAGCGGUAACUACGGCACAAUCGGUCGGAGCUCCACCGGUAUGGCUUCCAUGAUGGAUGAAAUGGCUAAAACAUUGGCACGACGACGUGCACAGGCCGAAAAGAAAGAGCCCGAAGUCGAACCGGAAGUAAAACAGCGUCCCUGGGAAAAGUCAAACACUUUGCCACACAAACUUGGCUCUUCAUCAUCGAAUACGAAUUGCAAUGCCUCUUCCAAUAAUACAUCGAACAGUGGUAGCGAGUCACCACGACCGAUGCGCAAGCGAUUUGGUAGCGCUAGCGAGGAGACGAUACUUAAGCAGGUUAAUGGCGAUGGUCUGUCAUUGGCUUUAUCAAGCACUGAGUUGGACACUUUAAAGGCUGAUAUUCUGAAAGAGAUUCGCUCUGAGAUACAAAAGGUUAAACAAGAAAUUAUAGAAGUUAUAAAAUCCGAAUUCAAUCGAAGAUAAGAUCGGCAACAGUCUGGUACGAGCAGCUUUAGCAGCCGCCGAACGGUGAUCAAAAAUAUAUUUGUCGGUGAUAAAGUGAAGUAGUUGGAUGUGUGGAAUGUAUUGGAAUUCGUUGUGGACCUAUUUGUUUUAAUUUAGCAACAAACUGCAGUUUGCAAAAAACAACAAACAUUCUUUUAUAUAUAUACAUAUAUAUAUAUUAUCUACAAACGUUUAAAUGGAAAAAACGGAAUACUUACUUCCAUAAUUAUACAUAAAAGCUAAGAUAAAAAAUAACACACAUUACUCAAGCUAAAUAUAUAGCUUAGGAUAUCAACAAGUUAUGUAGCACGGCUGGUGCUAAUCUAACGGUCAUAACAACACAACCAUAUUAACAAGUAACGAAUAAACAAUGAACUGAAUACGUAUUGAAAAUUUUUAAAUAAAUACAAAAUUUAAUGUAGUAGUCAAUAAUACAAAAAUUACAAAAAUAACAAAAAAUAACAGUGAAAAUGAUAUCCCAAAACACACACUUACUCAAAUUGCCGGCGUUUUCAUGUUCAUUUACAUACCGAAGUAUGUACGCAUUGUAGUAGCCAUCGCGAAAAACCCUUCUUCGCGAAGCAAAUAGUACGUUAUCAAAACGCAACGCAACGCAACGCGUUCAAACAGCACGUGGGCAAUCCACGUAUUACGUGUUAAUGUCGCUUUGUGUAGGUGAUUGCAAGCAAACGUUUCAUAUUUCGAAAAUAUCUCUCGAAGUUGAACCUUCGUACUAUAAAUUUAUUAAAAAUUCGUAUUAGAUAAAAAAAUAAAUACAUACAUAUAAAAUAUUUAAGUGUAAUAUAUCGUUGCUCGCUCCAUGAAUCUACAAAUAAUAUAUACAAAAUUUGAAGAAAAAAUAUGUUCAAACUGAUCAUACGAUGUUCGCUGUAUUUAUAUUACAUUUACUAUAGACAUAGUUUUACUAUUAAAAAACAAAAUUGAACAAAUAGUAUAAUUAUCCACAUACAUACAUAGGUUUAGUUGAAUAUGUAUAUUUUUUGUGCUUUAUUUUGGCUAAACGGAAUACUUCGUAAGUUGUCUUCGGGUGGUAAAUCAAGCAAGUCUCUCGUACAAAAUUUGCCAAUAUGUAUUAUUUUUGUGUAUUUAACUUUAUAAACUGCCGCAUACAUAUUCUAAAAUUCUAUAGUUCCUUAUCAUAUACGCAGCAUCUGUAAGAUAAUUUUCCAUUUUGUAGGCAAACGCGUUUUUAGUCCGGCUGCGAACAUCAAAAACUGUAAACUUGGAUUCUAUUAACCCAAUUAUGUAUGGUAUAUAUGCUUUUGAAAGGAACAACACAUGAAACAUAACUAAAUGAGCGAAUCGUUUGCAAUGCAAUGACACCGCCAAAUUUUGUAUUAGAUUUUUUUUAUACACACACAUACGCAUAUGUUAACAUAUACAUACAUGUGUUAAGUAUAUGUUUUAAUUUCUAUUACUUCAAUGCAUUUUUAUUUCUUUUGCACGUACACACCGUUCUGUGUGAAUUAUUUAUAACGUAUACUUAUACAUAUACAUAAAUAUAUACAUACAUACAUAGUUAUAGUGCGAUUUAAGUGCAUUCAUGCGACCAUUCAUUAAUAUUAUAUGUACUACAUAGCAAUUAUCUAAACACUUUGUAAAGCAAAAAUUAAAAAAAAAAACAAUGAAAAAUAACAAAAACUAAACACAAAUUCGAUUACAUACCAGAAGAGAACUGCUUUCUAAAUGUUACUAUUACUAUUAUAUAAUAUGCAUACUCUGAUAAUAAUACAAUAUAUCAAACGUGAAUAAAAAAACAAUGAAAUGAACGAUUAAAAACAUUCAUGAAUUGUAAGAGAUUAAAACUAAAAAAAAGUACUAAACAUAAUUGUUAAUAUAUAAGUACAUAUGUACACGCGAUUAGAUCGACGCAUCGAAGAUGAGCUACGAAUGCGAAUGCAUAAGAAUUUGGCCGAAAUAUUUGGAAGCGUAAAUUCGUAGAUAUGAAACUUCUUCAAAUAAGUAGUGCGUAAGUACAGUAACACUAAAAAUUAUGAUAAAACGAAUACUUGCAGAUUAUACGCGAAAAUGAGCGCUCAUAGCUGCAGCUAUGUCUUUUUUUUACAGUUAUACACAUAAUUUAUUAACUGGUAAUUAGAGAAUUUGGAUAAACUUCAAAGUUGUGGAUUUAGUGGCAGACACAGCUGCUGGCUGCAUUAGAGACCUAAAAUAAAAAAAAAUAACUUUCAAUUUACAUUUGUUUUCUAAGAUAAUGCGAUAGACCAUAAACCGUACGUUGACAUAGUAAAGCGGAUGCUGCUGUGAAGCUGCAAUAUUUCUUAUGCUGUUAAAAUUAUUGAUUUCCAUAUUUUGUGUUUCGGUAAGCCGCUACGCAACUUUCAGCAAUGACAGUGUUUUCGAAAGCAUUCGAAACCCUUCCCAAGUCGUAAAGUUUCGAAAAUGCAGCGCAUUUCUGCACGCUUUAAACAUCAAUCAGUCGACAACAAGUCUGCAAAUAGUAAAAUUGUUUUAGAGUUUCCACAUAUACAAAUACAAAAUAUAGGCUAUAGUAAACGCACUACAAACAAACACAUGGAUUUGUGCAAAAAAGUGUGCAUUGUAUGGCAAACAGUUGUGAGUAAAGGAAACCAAACUAGUGAGUAAGUUUAAAUAAAUGUAGUUUACAUAAGCACAGCGAAGCAAAUCAUUCGAAAUGAAAGCUGUGAAAAGCAGCAUAUAAAGAAUGUAUGUAUGUAAGUGUUGAGUACUAAUACCAGUAAAUACUUCCGUAUGUGACUAAGUUGACAAGCCCAAAGGUGGUUGGUAAAUCGAGCCGAGAAUCGAAAGAGCUUGGCAAAAAUUGUCGGAAAAUACGGACUUGUAUGUUAUACUGAUUAAAAGUUCAGCUCAGAAAGUGUGUACAAAGGCUUCUCAGCUGCUUACCCACUUUGUUUCCUUGCAGUAUUUUGUUUGUGAACUCACGGCGCGCCGCGGCGUACUAGUUGUAUUGUUGUAUGUACUACAUGUAUGAUUUUAUUCUGAGCGAUAAAAACUACAAAAACCACAAUUGAAGAUGUAUUAAACUAAUAACUUUGUCACAUCCUUGUUUAUAAUAGAUAUACAUAUGUAUGUAACACCACUAAACACGCUUAAAAUCUAAGUAAUGUAAUAAGUUUUUAAUUUAAACAAAUACAGAAUAAGGGAAUAACGAAAAUUGAAAACAAGAAGCGAUGAUUUUUUACAAUUGACAUUUAAUUGAUAAUUUAGUAAUAAUAAAGUGUUGAAUAUACAUACAUACAUACAUGCGAAACCUACUUAAUGAAAAGCAGAAAAAGAAGGAGUAAUUGCAUAAUAAAAGAAAACAUAUUCAAGACGAUAUACAAAGACUAUCAAGAUUCAUAUGAACAUACACACUUAUGCGGCACCAAAAAUUGACAAGUAGUUAAAAUACAAAACUCGCCAUUGAGCGAUGCAUUUCAACACACGAAUAAGUAACUCAGCAUUUCGGAAGUAAAAAACGAUUUCAAAGUAAUAAUUGACAUGCAUACAUAUUUGCAAUCCAAUACAUAUGGUAAUACAGAAGCAAAAUAGACAGAAAUGAAAUAAAGCCAAAAAAAAGUUUAUGUAAAAUAAAACAACAAGAA